UUAAAGUAAAGGGGUUGUUUACUUUAACGUAAACAUAUAUAAUUUUUAAUAGUAUAUUUAUAUAAAAAUAAUGUGAAAUAAAUCGCGUACAAAUAAAUUUGGUAAUUUCAAUAUGGCAGUUCUGCUACAGCUGUUACUGUGAAUGAAUAAAUAUGCAUUUAGAAGUGACAGUCUGUCAUUAGCAAAAGUAAAUUAGUAUUUAUCAUUGAGUGAAAUUUGUAAAGAUGUCAGAUAGGAAAAAGCGUGUUGUAUGGACCCAUCGGGAUGAUCAAUUACUGCUCAAGCUUUGGGCGGAACGAGCUACUGAUUUGGGACGUGCCAAAAGAAAAAGAUAUAUUUAUUCUAAAAUUUCGGCAAAAAUGUGUGGAAAGUUCAGUGCUAAAGAUAUACAUGUAAAGAUACGUAAUUUGACACAAACAUAUAGACAUGAAAGAAAAAAAUUUGUUGCAUCAGGCGACAAAACGAAGUGGCGACUCUAUAAUGAAGUACAUCAAAUUUUAGGUCAAAAUGCAGAUAACACUGCGGAGGAAUAUGAAUCAAUUUCACAAGACAGCAAAUUUGACAAAUCCUACAAUGCGUUAGCAGAAGCUGUGGCAGUUAUGUCAACACCAGCACCAUCCUCAUCCUCAUCAUCAGCUUCGUCAAAAGCAGAACUGCUAACUCCUUUACUAACAAGAUCUGCCUUAUCAUCACCAGUGCCACCACAUUCACCAUCACCAGAUCCACUGCAAUUGCCUCGUAGAAAACCGGCAACAACUACUAACAGUGUAGAAACUGAAAUGAUUAAGUUAAUGCAUAAACAGACAGAAAUGUUGCAGAGUUUAAUAGAAGACAAUAAGGAGUUAACUAAUGAAAUUGUUACUGCCUUAAGAGAGCAAAAUGAAACAUCCAACGAAUUUUUAGCAUUAAUGAAAAGUCUCAUUGAAAAAAUUUAGUAAUAAGUAUAUAAGAUAAAACUAAUUUAUUUAUAAAAAGUAAGAAAAUAAUUAUAUUUAUGUUUCUUAAGCGAUUUUUAUAGUGUAUAUGAAGAAUAAAGUAAAAGAAAAAUAUAUAAAAUUAACUAU